AUGGAGUCUGAAUUGGAGAAACUGCAACUGGAGAUUAAAGGAGCAUUGUACAAACUGACUAUUGAACAGCUGAUUAAAUUAUGCAAUACACUGCAGAUUUCAGGACCAGGGAAAGAACAUGUAACUGGUAAAACUCGCAGUCAAGUGAUUUCACAUGUAAUAAAGUAUCUUGAACGGGAAGAAUUGGCCAACCUAGAGGAUGAGGGUAUGUCAGACCUUCUCAGUGUACACGACAUAAUAGAUAAAAUCAAUACGGCAACGGACGGAAGUGAAUAUGAAAUCUCCAGCCAAAUUGAGUUACAGGAAAACCUACAGAAAGAGGUAGAGGCGUUAAGGCUUUCGUUGAAAGAAAAAGAGAACGCAAUGUAUGACCUAAUGAAAACAAGCACGAACCCCCCUGCCAGUUCCAGCAAGCCAGAGAAAAAUAUGGCCUCAGCAUCCCUUAAUGGCUCCAUGUGGCGCAAAGAUUUUAAGAUAUCUGGCCAGAUAGGUGAGCCAGGGCAAAAAGAUAAGCUAACAUUUUCUAGCCUGGCCAAACAAAUUGAAACUGGGCUCAGCAAAGACUAUCCAGAGUCAGAGAUUAUUGAUGCUGUAAUCCGUGCUAUCACACCAGGUCUGCAGUUACGAAGUUACCUUGAAGGGAAAGACAAAUUAACACUGCCUGCCCUUCGUAGGAUCCUGAGGUGUCAUUACCAGGAGAGAGGCGCAACAGAGUUAUAUAAACGACUCACUUCUGAGGUUCAAAAUAGUAAAGAGACCCCUCAAAACUUCCUGCUCAGGGCAAUGGAUCUGAGACAAAAAAUCCUGUUUGCUUCUCAGGAAGCUGAUUCAAGUCUAAAAUAUGACCCAGUAUUAGUCCAGAGUCUGUUUAUGCAUACAGUCCUAACUGGCCUCCAGAGUGACAAUAUUAAAGGUGACCUACAGCCCUACCUCCUCCAGACAGAUACCUCAGAUGAGCUGCUGUUGGAGAAAUUGAACAUUUCAUGUGCCAAUGAAAAAGAGAGGCAAGACAAAAAGAAACAUGCUGCCCCAUCACGUGUAACUAAUGUGAAUACUGUACAGUCAAGUGAAGUUCCGAUGGAAAAGAAAACCGCCACCUCACAAAGUUCAGCUAUACUUCCCCCUGAUCUGCUUGCAGAAAUCAAAGAAAUGCGCUCUGACAUGGUGCUAUUGAAAGACUUGAAAACUGAGAUCUGUCAAAUCAGGGAAACCAUACAAAGACCCACAACUGCACCGCCACAGUGCCUCUCACCAAGCAGAGAACCAGCAAUUGUACCCUCCCCUUACCCAGUGUUUUCACCCUCACAAUCCUCACCUUAUAAUGCUGAUUCAAAUGACAUGCCAUUUUACCACCAGCAGGCACCAACGGCAGUGCAGGAAUAUCGACCAGCAUUCAGCCCUGGGCGGAUGAGAGAGACAGCCCAGUUCCAGCAGAGGUUUGCACCACAGAGGUUUUACCCAGCACGACGCCCUCAGCCAAGGUGUCUCUCCUGUACUCAAGCAGGGUACAACAUAUGAGGGCAGUGUGACAGCAGUGAAGUGUGCAGUAGGAACAACAGACUGGUUUAAGGUAAAGGUUGGAUUGCAUCAAGGAUUAGCUCUGAGCCCAUUCCUGUUUGCAGCGGUGAUGGACAGGUUCACAGACAAGGUUCCGCCCCCUUUGGACUGCAAUUGGCUGGGGAGAUAAUCAACGUGUGUGACCUGACUGCACCUGUGGCCAAUCCAGUAAACUGUUGGGGUUUAAAAAGAGGACUGCAGGGACAUUGGAGAGAGCACCAUGAGCACCAUUUGUUUUUGCUGUGUUGUGUUUGGAGCAUUGCUUGCUUAUUGUUUGUAUCACAUUCGUUGAAUGUUAUCUUGUUUGUUUUGAGUAGUUUUAUUCUAACAACAACCCUUGUGUUUUCCCCAGGAGUGUUGGGCAGGUAGUAUGUCACGUGACUUACAUCUUGCAACACGUAGGUGAUACUAUGUAUAGAGACACUAGCUAGGAGUGUGUGCUACUUCUGUAUUUUUGUUAGUUUAGAGUAGGUAAGCUAGGGCGUAUAGAGGCGCCGGAAGAAUUCUGUUUAGUGUUAGGUUAGUGGUUUAUUACUGAGGUAGUUGGUUUUGUUGUGUUCUUUUCUUUAGCGCCACUCUCCGCCUCUCUCUCCUGUGGGAUUAUUUAUUAUGCCUUGGUUUUUCUGAUUAGUGUAAAUAUUGUGUAUAUACUCCAUUCCCUCCUGUUCCUCCUUGUGUGAAUAAAUCCUUUUAUAUUAUA